AGAGAGAACAGGAGUCAGUGGGAGGGAGAGGAGAGGCGAGCAGAGCGGAGCGUUCACUCCAGAUCUUGGGGAUUUUCGAGUCUCUCACUGCGGAUUGUCUCCUCUUCUUUAGAAGUGAAAGUCGACUUUAACUCCGUUAAUCACUCGGGCAGAUUGCCUGUAACAAAGUCCCACUCUCUGGAUGGAGAAAGGCUGCUGCAAAAUGAGGGCUCUGUGUUUGAACUUUGCCAUCACCUGUCUGUGGCUUCUUCCUUCAUCAGUCCAAGAGAUAUCCAAGAAACUGGAAUUUCAAAGCCAAGAGUGGGGUGAGGAGGAAGGAGGAAGAGAAGGUGCUGGUGGAGCAGCACUGAAAGUUAAACAUAUCUCCAAAGAUUUACAGAUCAUCUCCACCAAACAUAAAACACCUGCUUAUGGCUCGCUUGGCCCAUACGGUUGGCCUCAGAACGUCUCACAAGCCCUGGAUCAGUAUCUGUAUCGUCCUCCUCCCAAAUCCAAACCUCCAGCUAAAACUUCCCCAAAGGCCAAAAAGAUCCUGGGCUGGGGGGAUUUUUACUUUAACGUGAAAACAGUGAAAUUCAGCCUCUUGGUGACAGGGAAGAUUGUGGAUCACAUCAAUGGGACAUUCAGCGUCUACUUCCGUCACAACUCAUCCCGACUGGGGAACAUAUCCGUCAGCAUCGUUCCACCCUCCAAAGCUGUGGGAUGGGAGGUUCUUGAUCCUGCAGCUCAGAGUGUUCACACUAAAAACUCAGUACUGCUCCCAGAUCUGAUAUCCCAGUUGCCAAGCCCUCCUCAAUCCACCAGCUCCACUCCUCCCGAACAGCAGAAGCAGCAGCAGGACAUGAUGAUGGUGACUGAACUCAACUGCCGGAUCGAGUACCAGAGAACCAACCGGUCCAAGAAGACCAAGCCCUGCAUGUACGACCCAGGCCAGACAUGCUACUCAGAAAACACCCAGUCCCAGGCAGCCUGGAUCUGUGCCAAACCAUUUAAGGUUAUAUGCAUCUUCAUCGCCUUCACUGGCACGGAUUACAGACUGGUGCAGAAAGUUUGCCCUGAGCAGAACCAGCAGCACUUCGGGUGACAAAUUCUGAGAUAUGACACACUGACUUCUC